CACCAUUGUUUGCCUUGUUCGUUCGUUUAUGAUUGCAAGGCAUUUUAAAUUUGAUUUUGCCGCAUAAUUGUGGACGCGUCGCGACACACGCGCCAUCUGGAUCCUAUGGUAUCGCAUUUUUAAAAUACAUGCAGAAUUUUGUAUAAAUCUUGCGAAAGUUUGCGAGAUAUCCAUGAUCGAAGAUUUCAUUCGAUAUUUUACAGCCCCCGACACAAUGAAAUCUACUUUAAAUCUACUUUAAUAACGUUACGAUACUUUACUUCGUACUUAUUUCCUGAUUGUUCUCUUUUUUUAUGGACGGUUAGGGAUUCUUAGCGGAAGUAUUGUUAUCAUUGGUAGCUUCUCGUUAAAAACACUUUAUUUCACAACGAUUAACUAAUUAGGGUCUAUUUCGAAUAUGCACCAAUUCAUUGUACUAAAUAAAGUACUUCAUCUUUGCUUUUUAUCUUUGUCAAGUAUGCAAAUUUAAAAUUAAUCAUAUCUACAUACAUACGUAGUAUACACCAGUCACGCUUCCUUCUACAUGCUGCACAAAUCUUGGACGUGUAACAGUUAUUUUAAAUUGUACAAACCUGAACGUUCUUAAUUUUAUCGUAAUUAUACCUAAAUACUAAUAAAUAUACUCAGCAUUUUAUUGUACAAUUGUUAAGCACCGAUCGUUUUCGUUGUUUAUUAACGUUGUGUUUACCUAUUCAAACAUUUCAAUUUGAUCACAUUGGGCAACGUUAGGAAAGAACUGACACAGAAACGAUGAUUAAGGAACAAUUUUCUCCAGUCAGUAAAAUCUUGUCUCCAAAACCUGCACAAGGAAGAAAUUUGGUAGGUUCUGCUCGACAUAUACGAGAUUUGACUGCAGACAUUCAUGCAAAUAUACAACAAUGGAACACAGCUCAUUUACAAGGAUUAGUAUUACUAAAAGAAGUAACGUUGGAGAAACGAGAUAAAUCAUACUCUCAAACUCUUCAAGAAUUAUGCGACAAAUUGGAAAAUAUUUGCGACAGUCUGGAAACUGUUGUAAAGAAUCUUGCUGAAAUUAUGCAUCAAAUAAAAAUAACAAUAUCUUUAGAGAAAAAUACAGACAAACUAUUUACAACGUGGCCCACAGCAAAAUUUGGGGAAGUAGCAGAGUCCAUAUAUAAUGCGUAUUCUCAGGAAAUGGAAGUAAAAAAAAAAGUUGUCGAAGACAUAGCGCAUUAUUAUACAGUAUCUUUGCAAAUGUUGUUCCUUGCUACCUGGGUGCAUCAACCACUACUACCACCGAAUCUAACGACAGUUCUGGAGUCGUUAUUGAUAGAAACUGGACAUAGAUAGUUGUAGUUAUUAUUGGUACAUAUUUGGUAAGUAUUUUUCUAUUUUAAAAAUGAUUUAAUAUUUAUAAUAAUGUUUUUGUAUUAUGCAAUAACUUACAACUAUUGAAAUAAAACAAAGAUUAAUAGAAUGUUCAUUUAUUUG